UUGACACAUCCAAUCCCGCGGCCGGUGGCGACACACAAAGAGCGGAUCAGGUUGCUGCCCCAGGCCGGCUUAUCUUCCGCGGGCGACCGAGUAGCGGGCAGACGCGCCUCAUCGGCCGGGACACAGCAACGCGAACCGGGACAAGAUGGCGAGCGAGACGGCCGACGGAAAGAAAGUUACCGGAAAGUUAAUGCUGGCUGUGAGUGCAGCAGUACUUGGUUCUGUGCAGUUUGGUUACAACACCGGGGUUAUCAACGCUCCACAGAAGGUUAUUGAGAACUUCAUUAAUGACACUUGGUUGUACCGUUACAAUGAGCCGAUCAGUAAGUCAUCGCUCACCUCUAUUUGGUCAUUGGCUGUAGCUAUAUUCUCCGUGGGAGGCAUGAUUGGAUCAUUCUCCGUGGGAUUGUUCGUGAAUCGGUUUGGAAGGCGCAACUCCAUGUUGUUGGUAAACAUUCUGGCAUUCCUUGCGGCCGUGCUGAUGGGAUUCUCUAAGGCGGCCAAAUCGUACGAGAUGCUGGUGUUGGGCCGGUUCAUCAUUGGGAUCUACUCCGGCUUGAGCACAGGCUUUGUGCCGAUGUACGUAGGCGAGAUUUCACCCACCGCCCUGCGGGGAGCCCUGGGUACCUUACACCAGCUGGGUGUUGUGUUUGGAAUCCUCGUUGCCCAGGUGAUUGGCAUAGAUGCCUUGCUGGGGAACAAGUCGGGCUGGCCAUUCUUGUUGGGAUUGCUCUUUAUUCCCGCCCUGAUUCAGUGCAUCAUUUUGCCUUUGUGUCCUAAAAGUCCACGUUACCUCCUCAUCAACAAGAACGAAGAGGAAAAGGCAAGGAAUGUCCUGAAGAAGCUUCGCGGAGUGUCAGACGUCACCGCGGACCUGCAGGAGAUGAAAGAGGAGAGCAGGCAGAUGAUGAGGGAGAAGAAAGUGACAAUCCGCGAACUCUUCAUCUCGCCGAUGUACCGUCAGCCGAUCAUCAUCGCCAUCGUCCUCCAACUGUCACAGCAACUCUCAGGAAUCAAUGCCGUAUUUUAUUAUUCCACCAGUAUUUUUGAGAACGCGGGGGUGGCACAGCCAGUUUAUGCCACCAUUGGCUGUGGUGUGGUUAACUUCGCCUUCACAUUAGUGUCGCUGUUCGUAGUGGAGCGUGCGGGGCGUCGGACUCUACAUCUGCUCGGCCUGGGAGGUAUGGCUGUCAGUGCCAUCGUGAUGACCAUCGCCCUUGUCCUCCUGAAACAACUGCCAUGGAUGAGUUACAUCAGCAUCAUCGCCAUCUUUGGCUUCGUGGCCUUCUUCGAGAUCGGGCCGGGGCCCAUCCCCUGGUUCAUUGUCGCUGAGCUCUUCAGCCAAGGCCCAAGGCCGGCUGCCAUCGCCGUGUCUGGUCUGUCCAACUGGACUGCAAACUUCCUCGUUGGCAUGUCCUUCCAGUACGUGGAGCAACUCUGCGGCCCUUAUGUUUUCAUCAUCUUCACCGUGUUACUGGUCUUCUUCAUCGUGUUCACCUACUUCAAGGUCCCCGAGACCAAGGGGCGGACAUUUGACGAGAUUUCCUCCGGAUUCCGCCAGAGGGGCGGGGUCGAGGUCGAGGUCGAUGAUAUUGUUGACUCUCAAGAGAAGGGCGCCCUGGAGGAACUCAACACCCUGGGGGCUGAUUCUCAGGUUUAAUGAGGCACUGAACCACUGAGGGAGACUGGAAGAUGCGGGGAUGUGUAGCCAACACUACUGAGAAAAAUGUAAGGGGAGUGGGGAGGUUGCUGGUCCUGUCAGGAGGCUCCUGUUUAUGUGUAGGAAGCGAGUUCCAAUUUUUCUGGCAGUUCACAUCUCCAAUUUUCAUAAAAUCUUCUGUUGGACAGCAGAACUAACUUUUUGAAUAUCUUGCAGUUUUGACUGACGAAGUUAUCGAUUAAUGUUUCAAAGCUUUCCAUGUAUAGAAUUAAGUAUUUAUAUGUGGGGUAUGUUUAUAGUGUUAAUAGAACAAUAAGUUAUAGUGCUAAUGUAAAUAUAAUGAGGCAGUGGCCCAGUGUAAAUGUACAAACAGUUUUGAAGUUCCUCUAGCUGUAGACUUCGAUUGUAUAUGAAUAGACUUUCUUACUGUACAGCACACAUUUAGAAAACUACUGCAGAUUCACUGGAAGCCCAGAAUAUAUUUUUUAAAAUUGUCAUAAAUUUCCAGUACAUUUGUGUAUUGGAAAUGACAUUAAACAAUCUUGAAUCUUAAAUGCAUUUUCAAGCAAUAUCCCUGAUUCUUAACCAUGUUUCUCUGACUUCCAAUAUGACAAUUUAUGCUAAAUUAGCAGAGGAACAUGAUUGUGAGCAGGAUGAAUAUUUGUCUGCGAGUUCAGACAGCGGUGGCCAAGACGAGGGUGACUGAUAGUCCUUUCCCAAGUGGUGAAUGCAUUUUUCCCCCUUAUUCCCUGGAAACGGUUUAAGCCAUCUUGUGCACCUGGGAAAGGGUGCGCUGUGGGUGGUGUAAAUCCCAAUGUGUAUCAAGUUAUGUCUUGCAGAGACCUCAGCGACACUGUGUAUGUGUGUGAGAUUUGUGAAAGUCUGUUAAUAUUUCACACUUUCUGAAAGGACCAUGAUAUUUUCAUCCCAUGAUAUUUUUAAACGAAGAACACUCCAGUGCCAAUGGUGGCAAAACAAGUGUGUCUGUGUCUCUUUUCAGUUUAAUUUAAACACCGUUCCAUUGUCAAUCCAAAGUAUUAAUCACAUUUGAGGAAUAUGUGGUGCAGUUGGUGCGACUGACAUCCCUCCUGUCUGGGAUCAGCCACUCAUAUUGGCUACUUAAAUAUGAGUUUUAUAGGUCAUCUGAUUCCCAUGGUUUUGAUCCGAUUUCUUUAAGAAGUAACAGUCCUACUCAAUGCAUGAUUUCUGCUGUUCAAAUGUUUUGACCUAAUAUCUGGGCUGGACUCCUCUGCCCUAUCAGGGGCACACAUCCGUCAGACUGGUGUCUCGAGGACACUCCCUCACUCAGUGUCCCACCCUUGAUCAGCAAGGUAGCGCAGUGGUUAGUGCAGCGCUGUUACAGGUCAGGGUGUCAAAGUUCAGAGUUGAAUCCUGGCGUCCUUUAUAAGGAGUUUGUAUGGCCUCUCUGUGGACUGUGUGGGUUUGCUCUGGGUCCUCUGGUUUUCUCCCACUAUCCAAAGAUGUACCAGUUGGUAACUUAAUUGAUCAUUGUAAAUUGUCCCAUGAUUAGGCUAGGGUUAAACUAGGGGUUGUUGGGUGGCACAGGUCGAAAAGCUGAAGGGGCCUGUUUCACGCUGUAUCUCUAAAUAAAAUAUAAAAAGCGUCAUGCCCUGUCCUCUGCACUGUACCCUGCAUCAGUUUGCCCAGAACAGACCUCAAAAGCAUGCCCGAGACCAAUGUGGAUCUCUGCGAGAGCUGAGGUAGCAGGCAGCAUACAGCUUCCCCAUUUACUCGCUUGAACUCUCUGUAACGGGCCGGGAGCUCAAAAAACACCUGGGGCUAGCUUAAACAAAGAACGACUUUUAAAGUUCAGCAGUUUUUAUAGUUAUUUUCAGUGUAAAGAAGGAAAACCAGUAAACUGGAUAAUUACUGCAGAUGGAUUGAUACCUUGAUGGCAGUUUUUGUAUUGUAAGAACAGGUAAAACGAAAUCUUGUUCAGAACAAGUUCUGCAGCCAUUAGGAGAAGGGCGAAGAGACUGAGAUGGUGAUGUGGAUGUCUCCCUCUCAGUUCCGGGACACAUUCUCUUGGUCAGAUUCUGGGGUUUGCACUGUUUGAACUCCAAAUUAUUUUUUGAAGAACAUAUUCAGACACAAAAUAUCUCUCUGGCUGAGUAAGUAACACAUCUUCUUUGGUUGUUUUUAUAAUGCCGUUGUAUCUUAUCUGUAAUUGUUCCUCAGUAGCGAUGAUUGUGUCUACUGGAAACGAUGUAAACCUCGAUGUGUAAAAAUUAAUCUAGCACACUUGUUUAAAAUAGCGUUUGUACACAGAUUUUUUACUUAUUUCUCUGAGAACUCACCUUAGUGACAACUAAGCUGAAAAUUAAAAAAAAACUGAACAAACAUACUUUGUGUUAUUU